UACACUCGUUUUAUGGACAAUUGUCGUCUGGUUAUCGAGCGAGCCGAUGGAUUGCAUUGCUGAUCAAUGACUCAAGUUCAAUCAACCCACGCCUAUACAACAAUACGACGUUUUUGAGGAAAUUUGCUGAAGGAAAGGGGAGAAUAUGGGUCAUUUCAAACAUCACAAAUGAAGUCAGCAUGAUGAGGAUCAAACAAGAAGUUAUAGAAGAGGAGGAGGAGGGUUUCUCUCUAGGAGAACCCAUGGAGUUUAAGUCUAGCUGUGGAGGAAAGAUAUGUCUGAAACAAGGAACAGAGGAAUUAACAUCAUUGCCAUCUUCAAAUACUGGGGAAAUAGGAAAUGUCCAACCAAAUGUCAAGCAAGAAGUGGAGAAGAGUGACUUACAUUCAAAGUCAGGUUCAGUGCCUACAGCAAACAUAAGCCAAGAGCAUGCAGCAGAGACUUUAACCCCAAUGCAGUGUUCAAAUCCUGGAGAUGAAAGAACUGUCCGACAGAAAGUCAAGCAAGAAGAGAAAAGUGACCUUCAUUCCCAAUCAGAUUCGAUGUCUUCUGAAAACAAAAAGCCAAAGCAAGAAGCAGAGAAUUCAAUCCUACAACAAAAAACAGAGACUUUAACCCCAGACCAUGACGCACAGACUUUAAUCCGAGCGCAAGAAGCAGAAACUUUAACCACAGUGAAUGAAGAAGAGACUUUGACCCCAAUCCAGUCUUCCAGUCUUGGAGAUAAAGGAAUUGCCCAACAGAAAGUCAAGCAAGAAUCAAGGAAGAGUGAGUUAUAUUCCCAAUCAGAUUCUUUGUUUUCUGGAAACACAAACCCAGUCCAAGAAUUAGAGACUUUGACACCAAUGCAGACUUCAUUAUCUCGGGAAAUAGCAGAUGCAAAACAGAAAGUCAAGCAAGAACUAAGGAACAGCGACCAAUCAGAUUUAUUGCCUUUAGGAAACAUAUUAAGACCAAAGCAAGAAGCAGAGAUUUUAAUUCCAUUACAGUUUUCAAGUUCUGGAGGUAAAGAAACUGUCCAACAGAAGGUCAAGCAAGAAUUAGAGAACAGUGACUUACAUAAUUUGCAAUCAGAUUCAGUGCCUUCAGAAAAUGUAAAUCCACAAGAAGCAGAGACCUUAGCCUCAGUACAGUCUUCAUAUACUGGGGAAAGAGGAACUGUCCAACAGAAAGUCAAGCAAGAAGUAGAGAACAGUGAUGUACAUUCCCAAUCAGAUUCAAUGUUUUCAUCAAUCACCAUUGAAAUUGUCCUCAAGGAAGAGCGAUCAGCUGUGCCAUCAGCUGCGGGUAAGAAUGCUACAUGUAUGGACAUCCCCUGUCCUCCAUUUCAGUGCACCUUCAAGACUGAACCAGAUGAGGAAAAGAUUAAAGAGGAUUCUGUUCCACAAAAACAAGAAGGAAAAGCUUGUGAUGCGCAGUUUGUAGAUCCCACAAAAGACAUCAGCAAUCAUGAUCAGAACCUUAAAAAGGCAGGGGGACAAGAGAAAAGCAUUUUCAGACUACCUCAAGUAAGGAAUACAAUGUCAAAGGAUGAUGCCAUGUCAGGAACAAACAUGCAAGAGGAAUCCAGUCCACAGGAUACUAUCUGUGAUGAAGCUAGAGAUCCUAACAAAUCCAAAGAACCACUGGCAUCGUCACAUCUUGUGAAUUCAAGUCAAAAUCGAGACAGACCAAGUGCACAAGCCGAAAACCCAAAUAGUACUAAUGGUAUACCGCUAGGCGUACUAAACAUCAUGAGGAAAAUUAGUGGGGGCAAAGUAUGCCGUCUCAAACUGAAGAAGUGUAAAAUUCCUGAGCAGUGUGUGAAUCCCACAAAAGACGUCAGCAAUCAUGAUCAGAACCUUAAUAAGGCAGGGGGACCAGAGAGAGAGGAUAGCAUUUCCAGAAUACCUCGAGUAACAGACACAAUGCCACAGGAUAGUGCAGUUUCAGAAACAUCUAUGACUGAUCAAGAGGAAUCCAGUCCACAGGGUGAUCUAACCACAGUUCCUUUGGAAUCUCGGGAACUACUGACAUCAACAAGCCAUAUGAAUUCAGUCCCAGGUCAAGGAGGAACAUCUAUGACUGACAAGCAAGAGGAAACCAGUCCACAGGAUGUGUCUGAUGAUAUAACAGCAGAUCCCCCAGAAUCCCAAGAACUACUGACAUCGACAAGCCAUAUGAAUUCAGUCCCAGGUCAAGGAGGAACAUCUAUGACUGACAAGCAAGAGGAAACCAGUCCACAGGAUGUGUCUGAUGAUAUAACAGCAGAUCCCACAGAGUCCCAAGAAAUUCUGACGUCGAUAAGCCAUAUGAAUUCAGUCCCAGGUCAAGGAGGAACAUCUAUGACUGACAAGCAAGAGGAAACCAGUCCACAGGAUGUGUCUGAUGAUAUAACAGCAGAUCCCUCAGAAUCCCAAGAACUACUGACAUCGACAAGCCAUAUGAAUUCAGUCCCAGGUCAAGGAGGAACAUCUAUGACUGACAAGCAAGAGGAAACCAGUCCACAGGAUGUGUCUGAUGAUAUAACAGCAGAUCCCACAGAAUCCCAAGAAAUUCUGACAUCGACAAGCCAUAUGAAUUCAGUCCCAGGUCAAGGAGGAACAUCUAUGACUGACAAGCAAGAGGAAACCAGUCCACAGGAUGUGUCUGAUGAUAUAACAGCAGAUCCCCCAGAAUCCCAAGAACUACUGACAUCGACAAGAAAUAUGAUGUCAGUCCCAGGUCAAGGAGGAACAUCUAUGACUGACAAGCAAGAGGAAACAAGUUCACAGGAUGCUUCGUAUGAUGAUGAGACCAAGGAUCCACAGCAAUCUCAGGAAAUUCUGACAUCGAUAAGCCAUGUGAAUUCAAUUGAAAAGCAAGUAGAUCCACGUCCCCUGCCGGAAAGCACAAAUAAUGCUGAUAGUAUUCUAGAUGAGACAGCCCUUAUGAGGAAAUAUGGUGGUGGCAAGAUUUGUCGUCUCAAGUUGAAGAAAUGUGACAAUUUGCUAAAGUCUGAAAGUUCAGUAGCAAAAAGGAAGCAAUAUCGAGUAACAUUCAAAGAAGAAAGAAAAUUUGAGUGUUCACAUUGUGAGAAGAAAUUUGCACACCAGCAAAGUCUUAACUCUCAUUUUGUAACCCACACAGGAGAGAAAAAGUAUGAAUGUUCUUAUUGCAAAAAGAAAUUCGGACAUGCGACUAAUCUCCAGGUUCACAUCAGAAUUCACACAGGAGAAAAACCUUAUGAAUGUUCACAUUGCGAAAGGAAAUUUGCAUAUAAGACUAGCCUCAACUGUCAUCUUGUAACCCACACAGGAGAAAAACCUUAUGAAUGUCCACAAUGUGAAAAGAAAUUCGGACGCAAGCAUCACCUCAACAUUCAUCUGGCAACACACUCGAGCGAAAAACCUUAUGAGUGUCCACAUUGUAAAAAGAAAUUUAAACAUAAGAGUGAUAUCAGGUCUCAUCUCUUCUUACACACGGGUAAAAAACCUCAUGAAUGUCCACAAUGCAAAAUGAAAUUUGCAUUCAAGGGUAGUCUAAAAUCUCAUCUUGUUACCCACACAGGGGAAAAAACUUUUGAGUGUUCACACUGUGACAAGAAAUUUGCCCAAAAGAGUAGUCUCAGCUAUCAUCUCUUGUCCCAUUCAGGAGAAAAACCUUUUGAGUGUCCAGAAUGCGACAAGAAAUUUACAACAAAGAAAUAUCUCCAGACUCACCUCCGAUGCCACACAGGAGAAAAGCCCUAUGAAUGUUCACAUUGUAAAAAGAGAUUUUCAUCUAAGAGUGCUCUCAACUCUCAUCUCUUAACUCACACAUCAGAAAAACGUUAUGAAUGCCCACAAUGUAAAAGGAAAUUUGCGCGCAACAGACAGUUCAAACAUCAUCUCUUACUUCACAAAGAUGAAAGAGCUUAUAAAUGUUCACAUUGUGAAAAGAGAUUUGUAACCAAGAGUGCACUCAAUAAUCAUAUGCAUUUGCAUACAAAAGAUAAACAGUUUGAAUGUCCACAUUGUGAAAGGAAAUUCAGACGAAAAGAUUGUCUCCACAUUCAUCUAAAAACACACACCGGAGAAAAACCUUAUCCAUGUACACAUUGCACAAGGAAAUUUGCAUAUAAGACUAGCCUCGAUUAUCAUCUCUUAACCCACACGGGAGAAAAACCUCAUGAAUGUCCACAAUGCAAACAGAAAUUUGGACAUAAGAAAAGUCUUAACAAUCAUCUCCUAAGGCAUGCCGGAGAAAAACCUUAUAAGUGUUCACUUUGUGAAAAAAAAUAUGUACUUAAGACUAGUCUGGACAUGCAUUUGGCGACACAUACAGGGGAAAAACGUUAUGAGUGUUCACAUUGUGGAAUGAAAUUUGUACAUAGGAGUUAUCUCAGAAAUCAUCUCAAAGUCCACAAAGGCAAAAAGAGUCAUAAAUGUCCACACUGCAAAAAUAAAUUUUUAAGGAAGAGUCAACUUACAAGUCAUCUCCUAACACACACAGGAGAACAAGCAUAUGAGUGUGAACAAUGCAAAACAAAAUUUAAACAUAAACAUGGCCUUCGCGUCCAUCUCAGAAUACACACAGGGGAAAAGCCGUAUAAAUGUUCACAGUGCAAAUUGAAAUUCGGACUCAAGAGUGCACUUAACCGUCAUCUCUUAACCCACACAGGGGUAAAACCUUAUGAUUGCAAACGUUGCAAAAAGAAAUUUGCACGUAAGGAGAGUCUUAACAUUCAUCUCCGAAAACAUGCAUGUACAAAAUAACGCCUUAAUGUUCACAUUGCAAAAAGUUGUAUGCACAUAAGAAAAGUCUUAACAUGCUUUUCUUAACCCAUUCAGGAGAAUAACCUUAAAAAUUUUCAUUAUGCAAAGAGUAUGUUUAAACAUAUUCCAGAAUCAUUUCCUGUGAGAUGAGAAAAAACAACAACGCCUAAUGAAUGUUCACAUUGUGAAAAGAAGUUUGUUACCAAGAGUUCAGUCAAUGCUCAUAUUCCUUCCCAGGAUGAAACCAUUAUAAAUAUUCACAUUGUGAAAAGAAACUUGCCAUGAGAAUAGUCUUAACAUUCAUCUCUUAACUCUUACGUGAGACAAAAAUGAUCUGAUCAAAGUUCACAUUUGAAAAAGGAAAUUUGCACAUAAGAUUUCUUUUAUUCAUCCAUCUUUCUCCCUCUCUUUCUGCACACACCCUGACACACUAGCGUACCUACGGGGUACACACUACGAGUCACAAGCCAUGCAAAGGACGUAUCCCUCCCCCCGACGAGCUUGAAAACCUUUUUUGC